AGCGCGAGUUGCAGCGUGUGUUUACAUUCAGCCCUCUCGCUCACUUGUCGCCCGGCGUUCUGAGCGGAGUGACGUGUUGCUUUUCAAUUCUCUGUCCAAUUCUAUACGCCAGCAUUUACUAUGUCGCUAGAUUGGAGUAAUGAAAAAGUAAUACAGUUCUUGGAGUUGUAUGAAAGUGAACGAAUAAUAUGGGAUCCACGCGAUAAAAAUCAUAAAAUGAAGCAUAAAGUACACGAUGCGUGGAAUCGCAUCAGUACUCAAAUGAACAAUACUCCAAUAGAAGAGCUAAAAUCGAAGAAGAAAUCACUUAUGGCUACAUUUCGACCACUCUUAAAGAAAAAGAAAGCGUCUAUACGUUCCGGAGCAGGUGCUGAUGAUGUGUUUCAGCCAAUAUGGUUUCCUUUUGAAACUAUGGAAAGAUUUUUAGGCACACUGUAUGACGUGGAAGAAACAAUUAACACGGAACAAAGGAAUUAUCAAGCUGAGCAUGAGGCACAAUCUCCAGAUGUCGAACCGCUACUUCAAUCACCACUACCAUACCAGCAAAUCAGUUCGCCGUCACAGUCAGUUCCUUCGCCAUCACAGGCAGACCCAUCAUCGACACCAGUAUAUAAUAGGCCAAAAAAAGGCAAAAAAAGACCAAUCCUUGACAUAGAUGAGGCUCAAAAUAAAAUAUCUCAGACUUUAGACACUUUGAACCAAGUGUUAAAAGAUAAAAAUACUCAUACAAGUGAAAAGAAUGAAGACGAGUGUGAUCUUUACGCGAAACUCUUAGCUAAAAGAUUACGAAAAUAUCCCGAGUCAAUGCGGGGAAGAAUUAUGUACCAAAUAGAUGGGUUAUUUUUGCAAAAUCCUUAUCCAACCAUCGACCAUCAAGUUGAUCGACCAUCAAGUGUCUUCUCAAAUCGUUCAUCGGUAACGUCAUCGCAAUCACAGUAUUCAGAUUAUCAAAUCACAUCAAACCCACCGAUUCAACAAUCUCAACUUGUUUAUAUUCAACCAACGGUACAGUCUGACACACCAGUAGAGAUCAGAGAAAUAAGCCAGGAAAAUAAUGACAUUUCAGCUUCUCCACGCCAAAUGAUGCUACAAACUUCAUCAACACAAUAUGUCUUGCCACCAAGAGUACUGUCCAGAUUACCGGAAAGACGUGUUACACCUCAAAACCAAAUGAAUGUGAUAGAAAGAGCCUACUGGGAUGCUAGCCAGAAUUGAAUUAUAAUUAUUUUAUUUGAAUAUAAUAAAACAUAAUUUUAAAAUA